AUGCAAGAGGAGAUGUCCAACAAAGCAAACGAACAUACACGGUGUCUGUCCUUACAAACCGCUCUUCAAAUUGUUGUCUCUUCUUCAUCUUUCGUGUUCCUCAUCAAUUCAUCUCUCAUUGUUGCUCUUUUUCUCUCUCAACCCCAAACCACAACCACCCUCAUGGCUUCGGGGAACGGUGGACCAUUGCCUAAAUUCGGUGAGUGGGAUGUGAACAAUCCUGCCUCAGCUGAAGGUUUUACCGUGAUAUUCAAUAAGGCUAGAGAUGAGAAGAAGACUACGGCAACCCCACAUAGAUCUGAUCCUGGAUUGAAGAAUGAGAGUUGUAAAAAUGCUGAAUACUCUACGAAGGUGAACUUUCACUAUCUGGGUUUUGGGCUAGCAAGUGGUUUUGCUGCGGCUGAACCUAGACGAGGGUAUGAUGCUUUGAUGAUCCUAUUUGAUGUGAACCAUGUUUUCUCAAAUCAGGUGAUCUUAAUUGACGAAGUUGGUUUACAGAUGUGUCCACUAGUUGCCAAUUCCGACAUACCAAGGUUCAUAAUCCCAUUGGCAAAAGUAAAAAAGAAAAUCAACCACAACCACUUCAAACCAAACUAA